GUGAAUAGGGGCUGUUGGAAGGGAUAUUGAGGGCGUCUGACCCAACCCACCGUCUGUCACUCAGCGCCUCUCGCCGGCCACUGACCAGUCACAUUCAUUCCCCGCCCGUCACUCACGACUUGCCCCGCCUCCGACCCCUCCCCCAGUUACAUUAGCUGCCCUGGUUGUGCCUGACUGAGUCUGUCCCUGAUCUGCCCCCAUGGAAGUGCCCGGCAGCUCCGAGUGCCGAGUUCUCUCGAUUCAGAGUCACGUGGUGAGGGGGUAUGUGGGCAAUAAGGCCGCCUCCUUCCCCCUGCAGGUUCUGGGCUUUGAAGUGGACACAAUUAAUUCGGUGCAGUUCUCUAAUCACACAGGGUACGACCACUGGAAGGGGCAGGUGCUGAAUGCCGAGGAGCUGCAGGAACUCUAUGAGGGGCUGAAACUGAAUGGAGUCACCCGCUAUGACUAUGUCCUCACUGGGUACAACAGGGACGCUUCCUUCCUGACUCGGGUUGUGGAUAUCAUCCAGGAACUCAAACGGCAGAACCCUGAUCUUGUGUAUGUUUGUGAUCCAGUCCUGGGAGACAAAUGGAACGGAGAUGGGUCCAUGUAUGUUCCAGAGGAACUGCUCCCAAUAUAUAGAGAUCUGGUGGUCCCGAUCGCUAACAUCAUCACCCCCAAUCAAUUUGAGGCUGAGCUGCUGACGGGCCUGAAGAUUCGCACAAAGAUGGAGGCAGUGCAGGUGAUGGAUAAGUUACACUCACUUGGCCCCGACACUGUGGUUAUCACCAGCUCGGAUCUCCCAGCAUCCCUUGGGGCAGACUAUCUCAUGACGUUGGGGAGUCAGAGAAAGGUGGAUGAACAUGGGCGAAUACACAUGCAGCGAAUCAGUCUGGAGUUGCCCCGUGUGGAGGCUGUAUUCGUGGGAACUGGAGACCUAUUUGCUGCUAUGCUCUUGGCUUGGACACAUCACCACCCCAAUGACUUUAAACUCGCCUGUGAGAAGACUGUCUCUGCUAUGCACCACAUUCUGCAGAGAACUAUCCGCAGUGCUAAGGCCCUGGCCGGUCCUGGAGUGAAGCCGUCGUAUGCGCAGCUGGAGAUUCGGAUGGUUCAGAGCAGGAAGGACAUUGAGUCUCCGGAAGUGGUUGUGACCGGCAUGGAUUUAUAGGAAUGUUCUCCCGAAAAUCCUGGGACCAACUUAGAAACCCCCUUACGCACAACUAACACACAAACAGGGCAAUAUGGAGACUGGAACGCCUGGGAACCUGCAUGGAUUCCAUGGGGAACAGUGUCUGUGCCAAAUAUCUCUCUCUCCACCAGCAACGGGAAUGGAGCGCACCCUAACUUACUGUGCACUCUACCCUCCAACGAAAAGCCACAGACAGUUCAAACCAUUUAUUUGCUGAAAAGCCCGUGAGACCUGUGACUAUUUGCCCCUUGCCCAUUUGCUUGUUGCACCUGCAGAAAGACGGUACAGUUAAUGUAUAUCCCUGCCAUUUCUACCCUGUGUGUGGGCAACUACAGGCGCCAUCUUGGGGAUUACAAUCACUUCUGGCCGAGCUUCAUGAAUGACUUUCAGUGUCCCAGAAUUCUUUUCUGUUGCCCUCCUUCUUGGUCAGGUACUUCCUGUGAUGGACUUCCUUUGAGUGUGAGCUUCAUGCAAUGGGAAUGAUCCAUGUCCUUGGCUGCUGUAUCUCCCUUGCCCAUAGCUGCUAUAUCACCCUCCUAUGGGAGGACUCCAUUGCUUCCAUGUCUUUACGUCGCCCUGCAGUGGGAGGGGCACACAGUUCCGCAUUCCUUCCGAAUAUGUUGCCCUGCUGUGGGAGGGACAGACUCCAUGUCUCAUGGUGCCUUUAAGUGUGUGAAUGUGAUUUAAUUGUGAGAUAAUUAGUCCAUGGUCUCUGUCCCAGACUCCCGCUGGGUGAGUUCCAGGUCUCUCAGCCCACAUUAUGCCAAUGGUUCACCCGCUGGUGGAAAUUCUUUUGGGUAUUAGCAUUCUGGCAUCAAUUUCUCUAGGAUGACUUGUAAUUAAACACACAGUGCUGCUGUACAAGGCAGGAGCUACAGGAACCCUCUGACUGGAGAAGAUUGGCCCUAAUAGAUGUCUCUCUGCACAAAUGAGACAUCCCCGAACAUGACCCUGACCAAUCAGAGCUCACUGAGCAUAUGCAGGUACCAGCGAUACUAGGGGUGAGUAUCAUGAGUGGAGACAACAUUGGGCUCAUGGAUCUUCGUUGUCGUUGGGUUUCUGCUCCUCACUGCAUUGUGUGGCCUUUGCAUCAUUACUGCAGGACCUAGACUGCCCCUUUGCUGGACCAUAAACAAGUGUCCCCCUCUUGCGACCAGUGCUGGAUUAGUUUCAGCCUAUCCCUAAAGCUCAUGGGGCGGAGAUAUGAGGCUGACACUUUACCAAUUGCCAACAACUUGUGUUGUGGAGUCUGUGGUGCCAGUGUCAGAUGUCUGUGUUCUUGGUAACGUUGAGAUCCUUGUGUUUGUUUUGUCUCCCUGGUUUGUGUCGCUGGUUUCCCUCUACACUGGGCUGAAAGGGCCACAAGUAUCGCCUGUCCGAAACUGUAGCACCUUUAGCUUGAAUAUUUCUCAUGUGACCCACAAGGCAGUAGUGUACAGAAUCACCCCCCGUUUAUUGUGGGAGGAGUAUUUGGGGUCUGUCGUGCCCAAUAAGGCAAGUGAUAGUGCCACAAAUAUUCCACGAGUCUUUCUGUCAUAUAACUGGCCCUCAUUCCUGCCCAUACCAACAGGUAUAACUCCUCCCACUGUAUGGAAUCGUAACUAACUGGCGACUGGAGGAAGCCUAAUAAAAGCAAAAUUCUGGAUCAUUACACUGAUAUACUGCCCCCCAACUGGAAGUGCCGCCACUCAUCUGCUUUUCUUUUUGAGAAGCAAUUAGUAAUGUGUGGGUUGGUCUGAAACCAGCAGUUAAGGCCGGCUCCUGCACAAAAGCUUCGAGUCGUGGGUUGAGCUCUUCUUCUGCUCUGCCCGCCUGUGACCUAUUACUGCCAGCUUCUGCCCCCUAAACUUAUAGACUAAAUCCUGCCCCUUUUGGGGCGGGCAUGUGUCUAUAAAUAGAGGGGGAAUGGUAGCUAGGGAGGCGGCGGGUUAGGGUCGGGUCAAGAAUUUCUCAAUCUGCACACCACCAGAAGCAAUGACUGUGAUCUACUGCUCCUCAUGGGUAGUAGUUACAGUGAUAUAUGGCUCCUCAUAGGAAGCAUUAACUGUUAUCUACUGCUUGCUGCUUGUUGGUGCAAACUAAGGGUUACACCCUGAUGAUACAAGACUAAGGCUGGGGCCACACACAGCGGCACAUCAGUAGCUGCUACUUUUAGCCACACGCACGUUUCAUUGGGACCCAUGGGCAAGUGAGAUAAUCUGCCCCUCUAAUAAGUAGGGAUGUAAAUUAGGGGUGGGAAGGGGAAAACUUUUUUACUUCCUUGUUUUCUGACAAAAAGUCAUGUUAUUUCCCUCCCGCCCCUAAUUUGCAUAUGCAAAUUCAGAUUUGGUUCGGCUGGGCAGAAGGAUUCAGCCGAAUCCGCAUCCUGCUGAAAAAGGCUGAAUCCCAAACCGAAUCCUGGAUUCAGUGCAUCCCUAGUCAUGAGAAGUGGCUUCUACCCCUCUCUGCUGGGCACAGUCCUGACAUUGAACCCCAAACUUAUUUGCUGCUCGUGCCGGACCUUGUGUGACACCCACCUUGUGGCACUAUUAGUCCAACGCUGCUAACGGACCCCCUCUGUUUUAUGUACUUCAGCCCUACUGGUUUUUAUUUCAUUCUACUAAUUGUGAUCAAAUGGAAUUAAUUGGCUCACAAAGUGUCUAAUAAAUUAUCUGUGAUCUA